GAAGUUGCUGCGGUUCGCUAUAUCCUAAUUAAGUAUAAUUCUAUUAAAGUUAACGGAUUUGUAUUCUAUUCAAACCUAAAUAUAUUAAACCUAUUUAAUAAAUUCCUUAUAAACCUACGGGCUCGAAUCUUUUUAGUAACCUACCUUAUAAAGGCCGCAAUCUUCCGGCCUAAAUACAUAACUAAUCAAUUAAACAACUUUUUUCUUAAUAUAUACCCUUUAAUUAAAUUAAUAGAGAUAUACUAUAUUUACGAAGUUAAAGAUUAUUAUAAUAAAAUAUAUGCCUUACUCGGUAUAAACUCUAAUAAUUUUAUAGGACUUCGUAGAAAU